AUGGAUGCCAAAUCAGAAGAUGGGCUGUCUAUUACUGUACCACUACUGGUUAACUAUGACGAAACACUGCGACAUGCGCUUGGUGAUGUGGAGAAAGCCGAGGGGCUCGACUAUGUUAGUCACCAAUCCACUGGCACAACCUCCUUCUUCAAGACGACUUUUAAUGGGCUUAAUUCUCUCUCAGGAGUCGGGAUUCUUUCGGUUCCAUAUGCAUUAGCUUCGGGAGGUUGGUUAAGCUUGGUACUUUUAUUUGUCAUUGCAAUUGCAACCUUGUACACAGGCUUCUUGAUUAAAAGAUGUAUGGAUUUUGAUACAAACAUAAGAAGCUAUCCUGACAUUGGGGAAAAAGCAUUUGGUUCAAAAGGAAGAAUAUUUGUCUCCAUUUUCAUGCAUCUUGAACUUUACUUGGUUGCCACUGGAUUUCUAAUCUUGGCCGGAGAUAAUCUGCAUAAUUUAUUCCCAUAUUUUGAAAUAAAUUUCUACGGCAUCACAAUUGGUGGAAAACAAAGUUUUGUUAUACUCGUCGGCCUUGUUAUAAUGCCAACUGUUUGGAUAAACAACAUGAAAACUCUUUCAUACGUAUCUGCUACUGGAGUUUUAGCUUCUGUAAUCAUAACUGCGUCGAUUUUCUGGGCUGGCACAAGUGACAACAUCGGAUUUGACCAAAAGGGAAUGCUUUUGAAUUUGGGUGGAAUCCCUACGACUUUUAGCUUGUAUGCCUUCUGCUAUUGUGCUCAUCCGGUUUUCCCUACAUUAUAUACUUCUAUGAGAAAUCAAAAGCAAUUCUCCAUGGUUCUGGUCACGUGCUUUCUCUUCUGUACAAUUACAUACGGAACGGUGGCGAUUUUAGGGUACCUUAUGUUCGGUUCACAAGUGCAAUCACAAAUAACGCUAAACCUCCCGAUCGAAAAUAUUAGCUCAAAAGUGGCCAUAUACACUGCCUUGGUGAAUCCUAUAGCCAAAUACGCAUUGAUGCUAAUGCCAAUUGCCAAUGCAAUUGAAAAUCAAUUCAAGUCCUAUUGCAAUAAAAGGUCGUUCAGUCUGUUGGUUAAGACAACAUUGUUGACCGGUAGUGUUAUUGUAGCGUUGACUUUACCCUUUUUUGGGCUUCUAAUGGGUCUUGUUGGGGCAUUCUUGAGUGUCACGGGCUCAAUAUUAGUUCCAUGUUUUUGUUACUUGAAGAUUUCAGGGGCUUAUAGGAGGAUUGGGCUUGAAAAAGUGGUCAUUGGGCUUACUGUGUUAAUGGGUUUUGUCAUUCUAGUUACUGGUACAUAUGUAUCUUUAGUUCAGAUAAUACAAAAUUUGUAA